AAAUUCCUGUUGUCAAUCAAAUACGUCAUCUUUGUAGUUAUUUUCUCCGAACACUGCGCUAGGGGCUGUUGAAAUUUGAUAAAAACCAAGAAAAGCUGUAUUUGGUUCUAGAAUUACGCGUAGUUUAAUAAAUAUCCUGUGAAUUGCGAUAAGGCUAGGAGAAAGUUUUGUCAAUUUCGGGAUAGCAGUCAACUGACUGACCCACCUUUCCGUCCCCGUUGUCUGGAUUCAUGAAUCUCUACCAGUAGUACCCCAAGUGCGAAAUGGCUGCUGGAUCUACACUGCAAAAGGCGAUCGAUAUCGUCACGAAGGCUACCGAAGAGGAUCGCAAUAAGAACUACGAGGAAGCUUUACGCCUCUACGAGCACGGGGUGGAAUACUUUCUGCAUGCUAUCAAGUACGAAGCACAGGGUGACAAGGCGAAGGAUUCUAUUCGAGCGAAAUGUCUGCAGUAUUUGGAUCGGGCCGAGAAGCUCAAGGCUUAUCUGAAAAAGGGUAAGAAGAAGCCGGUGAAAGACGGUGGUAGCAGCUCGAAGGAUGACAAAGGCAGCAAGAAUAACGGCGACAGCUCCGACUCGGAUUCAGAUGACCCCGAGAAGAAGAAACUGCAGUCAAAGCUGGCGGGAGCGAUUGUGGUGGAAAAGCCACACGUCAAGUGGGCCGAUGUGGCCGGGCUGGAAGGUGCGAAGGAAGCCCUCAAGGAAGCGGUUAUUUUACCGAUCAAGUUUCCACAUUUGUUUACCGGCAAGAGAAUUCCCUGGAAGGGGAUUUUACUGUUCGGGCCUCCCGGAACCGGUAAAUCGUUUUUGGCGAAGGCAGUUGCCACGGAAGCAAAUAAUUCUACAUUUUUCUCUGUAUCCAGCUCGGAUCUGGUUUCGAAAUGGUUGGGUGAAUCGGAGAAAUUGGUGAAAAAUUUGUUCGAGCUUGCUCGUGCCCACAAACCCAGUAUCAUUUUUAUCGACGAAGUGGAUUCACUUUGCUCCUCCAGAUCGGACAACGAAAGCGAAAGUGCACGCCGCAUAAAGACAGAAUUUCUCGUGCAGAUGCAGGGUGUCGGCAGUGAUAACGAUGGAAUUCUGGUACUGGGCGCUACCAAUACCCCGUGGAUUCUGGAUUCAGCCAUCAGAAGACGAUUCGAGAAACGUAUUUAUAUUCCACUGCCGGAGGAGCAUGCCCGAUUGGUGAUGUUCAAGAUUCACCUGGGCAACACGGCACAUUGCUUAACGGAGGAAAAUCUUCGAACCUUAGCCAGCAAAACGGAUGGCUACUCUGGAGCUGACAUUUCGAUCGUGGUCAGAGAUGCACUGAUGCAACCGGUGCGAAAGGUGCAGGCCGCAACACAUUUCAAAAAGAUGACAGGUCCCUCCCCGCUAGACAAGGAAACCAUCUGUAAUGAUUUGCUGGUACCGUGUAGUCCAGGCGAUCCGGGCGCAAUCGAAAUGACUUGGAUGGAAGUGCCCAGCGACAAGCUAUCCGUUCCUCCGGUGACAAUGAGCGACAUUCUAAAAUCGCUGACAAGCACUAAACCGACUGUGAACGAAGAGGACAUGAAGAAGCUAGACAAAUUCACCGAGGACUUCGGACAGGAAGGCUAAACAACCGAGUAACUACUUAGCACUUAUUUUAUCAAACAACACAUCUCUCGUGACAUGCUACGAUUCCCAAUAUUAAUUAUUUCUCAUCCUGAAAAUUAUCACAGUCCCAUUUUUGAUGAAUACUGCUAUUGUUUUUUUUUGUGCUAAUGAGAGUGAAGAAAGAGACGCCUUCAAACACAAGCCUCAUAAUGUUUGCUUUCACCUUAAUGGAAUCGUGGUCGAUCAGAAUUUUCCGGUGUUUUUUUGCCGGUACUUUGGACCGGCACUUUUGUGAAAGUUAUGUUUCGCGCAGUAAAGAGUUAAACAGUGUAUAUUGAUUAAGAGUCCUAUUUUUUUCAAACUGACGAUGUAUUCGUAAUAUAUAAACGUUGGAAAAGUUAUAGGCAGUGCCGGUUUUGAGCCAGUAUUUAGCAUUCGGAAAGUCAUCCCAACCAGUUGAUCAACUGAUGUAGUUCUAUCUAUAUGUGCAGUCGACGGAAACAAGUUCAAAGGCUUUGGAUUAAUGAGUUCAAUAAAAGAUAAUACAUUGUUACUGCUGAGAAA